CGGAGCAGAGGGAGCCGGGGCUGGGAGUUCUCCUGAGUGAAGAGGAGUGGAAUAGGGGGGACGUGGCGGCGGCGCUGACAAUGAGUUUUCUUGCAGGCUUUUUUGGUCCAAUUUGUGAGAUCGAUAUUGUUCUUAAUGAUGGGGAAACCAGGAAAAUGGCAGAAAUGAAAACUGAAGACGGCAAAGUAGAAAAACACUCUCUCUUCUAUGACGGAGAAUCUGUUUCAGGAAAGGUAAACCUAGCCUUUAAGCAACCUGGAAAGAGGCUAGAACACCAAGGAAUUAGAAUUGAAUUUGUAGGUCAAAUUGAACUUUUCAAUGACAAGAGUAAUACUCAUGAAUUUGUAAACCUAGUGAAAGAACUAGCCUUACCUGGAGAACUGACUCAGAGCAGAAGUUAUGAUUUUGAAUUUAUGCAAGUUGAAAAGCCAUAUGAAUCUUACAUCGGUGCCAAUGUCCGCUUGAGGUAUUUUCUUAAAGUGACAAUAGUGAGAAGACUGACAGAUUUGGUAAAAGAAUAUGAUCUGAUUGUUCACUAGCUUGCCACCUAUCCUGAUGUUAACAACCCUAUUAAGAUGGAAGUGGGCAUUGAAGAUUGUCUACAUAUAGAAUUUGAAUAUAAUAAAUCAAAGUAUCAUUUAAAGGAUGUGAUUGUUGGAAAAAUUUACUUCUUAUUAGUAAGAAUAAAAAUACAACAUAUGGAGUUACAGCUGAUCAAAAAAGAGAUCACAGGAAUUGGACCCAGUACCACAACAGAAACAGAAACAAUCGCCAAAUAUGAAAUAAUGGAUGGUGCACCAGUAAAAGGAGAUAAUUUUAUGGAGAAAAGCUCCUGAAAAGCUGAGGAAACAGAGAACAAACUUUCACCAGCGAUUUGAAUCUCCAGAAUCACAGGCAUCUGCUGAACAGCCUGAAAUGUGAACUGAACAGGAGAAAAAAAGAAAAGCAAAAAACUCCUGUAACCCUUGAGAUUAAGUUCAGCAGGUUAAAGAUGGUUGCAGCUGGAGGGGGCGGAAAAAGGCCAAAACUCCAUAUAUAUUAGUCUUCCUUUAUCUUACAGCGCUGCAUUUAUUUUAUGAUACAAUGAAAUGUUCUUUCAUGUAUAUACAUUUUUAAAAGUGCUUUCUUUGAAACACUGGAACUUUGUUAAGCUGCCUUUUUUUUUUUAACUUCCUACUUUGAUGAUAAGCACUCAGAUAUAUAUCAGCGUAAACAUGAAAAAUUUUCAUGUGAGUAGGCUGGUAUUUGUAAUUUUGCUUUCUUUCUGCAUAAUGUUGAUUAUAAAUCCUUCUCUCUUUUCAGGCUAAUGAUUACCUCUUAUUCUCUCGCAAAAAAUUAAAUAUUUUGUGUUCAAAUAAAAUUAGAAAAUCUGAGUGGCCCCUUGUGUCCUGCAGAGAUUUAAAACAUGGCAUCUCAAUAUUUUUGAGAACUACAUUUGUUUUUAACGUAUGUGUUUGAGAAAAGCAUAUGGAGUGUUUCCCUGCAGGCGCUUCUGAGUACCAUUCUGUGGCUUCCAGAAUUUUAUCCUCUUUGAGGUCUUCUGUGCUAUGAAUAUUAGAUUUCUUUCCCCAAGGGAUUAUGUGGCAGGUCAUUAUGGCCUUCUUUUUUUUGGCCAUAUUAAGUAACAGUUUUGCUAUUUUCCAGUAGUACCGUUGUGUGUUUUCUGCAAUGUGGAGUUGACUUAGGUUGGCAUUUUAGAUUUGUUAAAACUAUUUUUUCCAUAAAUACUUUGAAACAUA